UUGACGUAUAAAAUUAUUACCUUUACAUCGUGAGUGAAUACAAUCAAGAAACGAAUUCACUGAACGCUUUUUAUUUUUCUCACUGAAAAGAAUAAGUAGCGAGCUGAAUGGAUUUUCGCAACUUGAGCCGUUUAAACGUUCUCAUGAAUAUAAUAUCGGGGAACUUCUUACCGAUGACAAAAAAGGCACUAAGGGACGGCACGGUAAACGCGGUGAACGCGUUGGAAAUAUUCACGCUGAGAAUUUAUUUUCACUGUCGCAAGAAUUUAAUACGCAGAUUAAUCGAACAAUUUAACCGCCUCAUCGAAAGCAAUGAAACUCUUCGAGGUAUCACAAGUAGCACAAUGAGACCGAUAGAAAAGCCGCUGAGAGUUUACACAGUUGGUAAUGUUAUUGCAACUACUAUUUGGACGUUGUUGCCGUUUCUCGCGAUCCUUCGAAAAAAUGAGUUCUACUAUUCGGAUUAUCAAAUACCCGGCGUUAUAUCCAAGGAACCUUUCUCAAUCAACAUUUUCAUUACCGGUGUUAUACUGCAGAGCGUCGCCGGGGGGAUCCAAACUGUCAGAAAGAUAAGUUUUGAUCUCUAUACGAUGCAUUUCAUUAUUUUACUGACCGCUCAGUACAAAUACCUUAGAGUGAAAUUCGCAACGAUAUUUGAACAGGAAUGCGGAACUCUGAAGGGCCUGUACGACGACAUUAGAGAGAAUGUCUCGUCUGGAACGAUCAAACGGGAAAUGAGAUUGUUGAUCCGCCAUUACGGACUCGUGGUUGCGAUGGCUGCUAUGUCGAGGAAAUUGUUCUCCCCAAAUAUCGUAAUUCUUUAUCUAGACAACGUUUUCCGGUUCUGCUUUCUAAGUUUAAUGUUCGUAAUGAGUGACCAUUUUGAGAGAUUUUUGAUUGUAAUAUACUCGCUUGGUGCGCUGACACAAUUUUAUUUAUUCUGCUACUCUGUUCAAGAAUUGGUCGAAGCGAGUAAAAAUGUAGCGGACGAUGUAAUAUAUAAAAACUGGUAUCUCCACGACAUGCCACUGCAACGCUCAAUUGUCAUGAUGAUUUUGACCAACAAGCUAGAGUGUAAAUUAUGUAAUCUUGAAAAUAUUAAUUUAACAUUACCGUCUUUCAUCUCGAUUCUAAAUCAAGCAUAUUCGGUAUGUUUAUUGUUUCUGAGGAUAAAAUAAAAUAAAGCAAAAUUCGUAUGAUAUAAUAUAUACUGCAAAACAGGACAUCAUUGAAUGUGGCAUCGAAAAGUUUUUAGUUAUAAUAAUUACAAUGUAUUAACACACAAUGUUGAACACAAAUGGAACGAUAUCUCACAUAAUAAAAAAUAAUUA